AUGUCUUAAGUAGAUAAUUCAAAUCCUAAUUACAUCACCUUAGAUUAGAAUCAGAUAAAAAUAAUCAAUUACCCUGAUUUAAGCAAUUAUGUUCCACCUCCAUCAUACAAUUCCAUGCCAAAAUAUUAAAAUACAUAAGAUGAAUUAAAAUAAUAGAGAAUUCAAUUUUUAUUUGAUUGUUAUAAGAAUUAAGCCAUAUCAUUUUUGAUUGUGUUGAUUAUACAAAUUUUAGGAUUAACAAAAUGGUUCAUGUCAAUAUCAACUAAAUUCUCCAAAAUCAAUUUAGCAGGAUAUUAUACUAGCUAUUCUGAAUAUAAAAAGUAUUAUCCAAACUCUUAAACUUAUGAUGAAUAUGAAAAUUGGAGAUAAAGUCAAUGGUAUGAAAUAUCUGAAGUAAGAUGGACAUUUUAUGUAAUUAUAACCUUAUUGAUCUUAAACACUUUAGCAAUAUUGUUUGGUAGAAUUAAUCGAACCAUUGUAUUCUAUAUUGUAUAAAAUUUAGGUUAAAUAUUAAAUAUCCCUUUUCUUUUCUUAGGCAGUGCUCAUUGGACUUAGUCUUGUUGGUUAUGCAGGAAAGUAUAAGGAUAACUAUUGGAUCCAUAAAGAUAUAUGUUAUGUAACAAUUACUACUAAUUCAAUAUUACUAUUAAAUAGUAUAGUGAUACUUUCACUCAUUAAAAUUGAUAAACUUAACUAUUACAACAAAUUUGCAAAUAAUCUAAUCUAUAUGUAGAUUCCAUUUAACUUUAUUUUGGUUUUAAUUUUCAAGAAUUUUGAAGCCAUAAUACUGAUUUUUGAAUCUAUUGCAAUUUAUGGUUUCUAUUACUUUAAUCAACUCAAUUAUUCCUUAUUAUUGAAUCCAGAAGAUCUACCAGUUCGUAAAGAUAUUACUAAACUUUUUUAAGAGAUAACUCCUAUCAAUAAUGAAUCUCAAGGAAUUGAAUAAAAAAAUCCAAAUCUUCUAACUAUUCCCAAAAAGACAUUAGUAAUAAUAGGAGCACUUGGAAUUCAAAUUAUUUUAAUAAUCUUUUUAAUUAUAACCAGAAACUAAAUAUCAUGUGUUCCAUUGAUAUUGUUAGCUGGUUCAAUAGUUGGUUUAAUAUUUGAGACAUAAGUUGCUUCAAGAGUAAUACAAUAAUAUAUAUAAUAUAGUCCUUAUAAUUUGAUGAUAAUUUCAUAGCAGCAAGCAUAGUUUAUUUAGAUUUAUUAUGUCCAAUCUAAAACUUUGUUAGAAGUAUUGGAGUUGAGAUAUGA